CUUUCAAAUGAACAAAACCCUUCCCCUAAAAGCCAAACCCAAACCCUUGGCGGCUGCGAACUCUUCCCUCGUCCCCAUCCUCCCUCUUUCUCUCUCCACUCAAAUCCCUAAAUCCUAUUUUACCUUAUUUGUCGGAGAAUUAGGGUUUAUCUGUAAGAUCGGAAGCUCAAUUUUAUCUUAUCAUGGCCACUGUUGCUCCCUCCGAGAAAGCUGCAGAAUUGCUGCAGAAUUUGUCCUUAGAUUCUCGACCAAAGACCUUGGAAAUUCCUGAACCCACCAAAAAGACAUCUGUUUACCAAUAUGGCAGUGUGGAGUCGGGCGUUACUGCUAAUGGUCAGAUCCAGCUAUCUGAGCGGUCAGUGACGCCAUUUAUGCCUGAUUUAAUGGAUCCAUCGGUGUGCUACAUUCCCAAUGUUUAUCCCUCACCUGCAUAUUAUUAUGGAAGUUAUAAUGGAACUGGCAAUGAGUGGGACGAAUAUCCUAGAUAUACAAAUUCUGAUGGAGUUGAGAUGGCAUCAGGAGUUUAUGGGGAGAAUGGGUCUGUUAUGUAUCCCAAUGCUUAUGGAUAUGCACCAUAUGGACCAUAUUCACCUGCAGCAUCCCCUGUGCCAACGUUGGGAAAUGAUGGCCAACUGUAUGGGCCUCAGCACUACCAGUAUCCUCCUUAUUUCCAGCCACUGACAGCAAGUAGUGGGCCAUUCACCCCUAGUCAGGCAGCCUCUUCUCAAGGGGAGCUUGCUUCCUCCACAGUCCCUGACCAAAAUCCUUUGCCUGCGGAAACUACUAAAGGGAAUUCUAGUACCAUUGGCAGUGGUGGGGUGAAGGGAAACAAUGGCGCAACCCCAGUUAAACCAGCAUAUCAAAACUCAUUGCUGAAUAUGAAUGAUUCAAAUGGAAGGGGUAUUUUGCCAGGGGGUAUGCCUCCUUCUGGUUAUCAGGAUCCUAGAUUUGGUUUUGAUGGGAAGUAUAGAAGCACUAGCAUUACUUCUUCAUAUACAAAGGGUAAUCAUGUUCCAUCUUCAAGGAACCACUUCCGCCAGAAUUCCAAUUAUAUGGGUUUGCAUCAAACUGGUCCUAUGUCUGGAAUGGGGACAUCUCAUGGAUUCGUAAAUGGCAUGUACCCGAACAAAUUUUAUGGUCCAUAUGGAAACACUUCUAGAUCUGGCAUGGGUUAUGGAUCUACUGGUUAUGAUUCCAGAAUAAAUGCAAAUGGUUGGUUGGACGCUGAUGGCAAAUAUAAAUCCAGAGGGCGAGGCAAUGGUUACUUUGGUUUUCACAACGAGAGCAUUGAUGGUUUGAAUGAGCUAAACAGAGGGCCCAGGGCAAAGGGUUUAAAGAACCAAAAAGGUUUUGGACAUGUAACAUUAAUUGUCAAAGGGCAGAACGUGCUACCUGGUGAAACUGUUAAUGAGGAAAAGGAUGUGUUGCCUAUGAUUCCAGACAGAGAACAGUAUAAUAAAGCAGAUUUCCCCGAAGAUUACACGAAUGCUAAGUUUUUUGUUAUCAAGUCUUAUAGUGAAGAUGAUGUCCAUAAGAGCAUAAAAUAUAAUGUUUGGGCCAGCACACCAAAUGGGAACAAGAAGCUAGAUGCAGCAUAUCAGGAGGCCCAGCAAAAACCUGGUGGAUGUCCCGUAUAUCUUUUCUUCUCGGUAAAUACUAGUGGUCAAUUUGUUGGUCUAGCGGAGAUGGUGGGGCCGGUUGAUUUUCAUAAGAAUGUGGAAUACUGGCAACAGGACAAGUGGACUGGUUGUUUCCCCUUGAAGUGGCACAUUGUGAAGGAUAUACCCAACAGCUUGCUGAAGCACAUUACCCUUGAGAACAAUGAGAACAAGCCAGUAACUAACAGCAGAGAUACACAAGAGGUUAAGCUGGAGCAGGGGCUUAAAAUGAUCAAAAUAUUCAAAGAUAAUGCCAGUAAAACUUGUAUUCUUGAUGAUUUUGGAUUUUAUGAGAAGCGACAAAAGAUAAUUCAGGAGAAGAAGACCAAGCAACAGCAGUUUCAGAAACAGGUGCUGGAUGGAAAGCUUGAAGAUGAGAAGAAAGAAAUGGUGAAUGGAUUACACAAGUCACUGGAGACUGUGAGUGAUGUGGCCAAGGAACCCACUUCAACUGCUCUGUCCAAUGGGGAUGUGAAGCAUCCAGAGAACAGGUCAGUUGCAAAAACUGUAGAUGCCAUGAAGGCGAGUAAGCCACUUGCUUCAGAGAAGCAGAAUGUAGCAAAUGGGGUUGCCAAUGGUUGCUAACUAUUACCAAGCUCCAGUGACCUUUGAUCUUAUAGGGGAUUAAUUUAAGGUUUAUCCAAAGUUUUGUUGCAUGAGAGUAGGAUCUUAUAUAAUCAGUGUCGGUGCCCCUUAUGAGCCUUGUCAAUGCUGUUGUGGAGCUUUCUUGCUGCUUUGAAGCCUCAAUAUUAUCUGGUGGAAAGGGAAAUACUCGACAUUCUUCAGUUGUGUUGAGCUAGGGAGCGUUGGGUGGUCUUCAUCAAAUCCAAGUGUUGCAUAUGGUGACUUCUUAUAGUUAGCUCCUGACAGGUUUCUCACUCCAUGGAAAUUUGGGUUAGAUUUCUUGUUUUGUUAUUGGCUUCUGUAUUCUCGUGAUCUCUCAAAUCUCUGGUCUUUAGCUUUCUUUCCCUAUAGUUUCCAUUUUACUGUAUGGCCAUUUCCUGCCUUCUGAAAAAUGUAAGGAUAGUUUCAGGCUUCGUUGGUUCGUAUUUGUAGAGCUAUAAGCAAGGUGGGAAAGCAUCUUAAAUAUAUAGUUGAGUAAAAGGAGCUUUUCAUCGAGAA